UCUGAACUAAGUCCCUUAUGAACUGCAUCCUAUUCGUAGGCUACAUCCGAAACAAUCCCAAUUGUCUAAGUCAGGGGUCUUCAAACUACGGCCCGCGGGCCGCAUGCGGCCCUCAAGAGCUUAUAAUGCGGCCCACGAUGACUUUGCCAGAGGUAAUAUAAAUAUUACGUUAUUAUGACUUAUUCAAAUAAAAAUGUAUUUUUUACUUGUCUUAGACAAAAAUCAAGCUUUAGUAACACGAAACUGUAUUAGUAUCGUUAAUAUUUUGUCGUAAAAACGAGAUUUAAACGUUCACUCAUCAUUUAAAGGUAGCGUCAAAUGGCCCUCAACAUAGUUAUUUUUGAAGCAAUGCGGCCCACGAGCUGAAAAGUUUGGAGGCCCCUGGUCUAAGUGAUUGUAUGUAUCGGAACGGUCGUAACACAUCGGAGUGUUCGGAACGGAUGAAAACAGAAAGGAGCAGAUCGAAAAAAUCAGGAUGGAUAGAAACGGAUCGAAAAAGUCUGAAAGGACAGGAACGACUGUAACUAGUGUUGGAUAAAUCUGAUUCAGAUUCAUGAAUCUGAAUGAAUCUUUUGAAUGAUUCCAUAAAUCUCAAUCUCGGAUACAAAGAUUCAUGAAUUUCGAAAUACUCAUGAAUCUCAAAAGAUUCGUGAAUUCCAAAAGAAUCGAAUAUCUCAAAAGUUUCACGAAUAUCUAGGGAUUCAUGAAUCUCAAGGGAUUUAUACAUCUCCAAGGAUUCAUAGAACUUGAGCUUCUCAUUAUUCUUCUUCUUGGCAUAGUAAUCUAGGUGGUCAUGCCAGCCUAUAUAGGCUAACGAGACUUCCUAGUAAGUACCACGAAGCUGGUUAGUUGGUUGUGCUACGGGGAGACGAUCCAUGCAAGGCUUGAACCUACGACGGGCAUGAUUCAAAGAUUCAUUAAUCCUUGGAGAUAUAUGAAUUUUAAUGAAUUUAUGAAUCUUUAAAGAUUCAUAAAUCUUUCGAGAUUCGUGAAUCCUUGGAGAUUCAUGAAUCUUUGAAAAGUCGAUUCGAGAUUCACAGAGUCAUCACAGAAGAUUCACAGUCAUCACAGAAGACGGAAUCUCAACGAAAGAUUCAUGAAACCCUACACUAACGGGUGAGAUCAGUUUGCAACGAUCAUGAACGAUCGGAAUUUUCGAAACUAUCAGAAAUUCGUUCACACCUUAUCCUCCUGAUUUUUCAUCCAGCAUUCAACGACGCUACCUAUUUGAAAUCUCUGUCCCAGGUCUAACAAUUAUCUUUGUCCAUCGAGGAUGUCAUUCCCGAGACAUCACAUGAUUAAAAUUAAAGUGACUGACCUGAUCAAUGUUGACUUAAUCCUUCAUCAAUCAAUCCGGAGCCCAGAUUAUUAUUCUAGUACCCUGUACCUUUGAGAACUAGCCGGAACUCACUGCGAUUGUAGUAUUUUGUAAAUUGAAAUUGAAAUGAUAAGGACAAGGUGUUACUAACGUUAGUGUAAGCCUUUUGUAUACCUGAUCAUCAAAAAAAAACAUAUUAAAAGUCGAUAACAUGUCUCUUUAGAGUGGCAGAAUACUUUACAGAUUACAGCCGACGGGGAAUAUUCCUUGUAGAAAACGAAUUUAACGCCAUAAACAAGACAAAAUCUCAGACUGCUACCUUUACACCAACCAACACUGUAUAGCCAUGACAUGGACGGCCCCAAGUGUGGGUGUACGUGCGCUUUGAAAGUACGCCUCCCGCACCUACUAAAAGCAUGAUUCAAAGUUCAAUUUUAUAGCUCACGUCACUCCACUCCGAGGGCCUUCGCUUCAGCAUCUCCAGCAGCUGGCUAUUUAUAUUCAACGCCUCCAUCUGAUGGCUCACCGUCUUUCAAGAAAGGCCCCCAAAAGAAAGCCUUCCGUCCUCCCCACCAGGUACACAAACACGCAAAUACUCAGGGAUUCACAUGCAAACUGGUGUAAUUAGUGGAGACGAAACUGCAAAAACUGCCAGCGAAAAGAUACCAGGGCCAGGGGAAGAAAGAAAUAGGGGACGAGAUGAGAGUUUGGAUACCCAAUUAAAGCCAAACAGGCGGGGGCCAACACGUUGGAGAGCAGGUUUCUCGACCCGGUACGAAGCCGACGAUCACUGGGCAUUCCCCGCAGAUCUUCGUAUGAUCGGCGGACAAACGGAGAGGUGGGUUGAUGGGUGUUCGCUUCUUCCUUCUUUGCUCUACCUGUAAUGUAAUUUAAGGAACGAUGACCUCAUCGCCGUGUGUAGCAUGAAGCGACUAGAAUCGACCGCUCGUAGCGACCACAAGCGACAUCCCUUGUGGUCGCUAAAUUCAUCGGACUUGCUGUUCGACAGAGCAUGCGCCUCCUAAAACCCGCCAACCGAUGCUUAGAACCGCGCGCAUCACACCGAAAAGCAAACGAAACCGCACACCAAACUGGUUCCACCGUUCUUUGCUUCGUGUCUCUUCUUUUUUUCUAUUGAGGCCAGUCAGAAGAUACUCCAAUCGAGCAAUCCCCAACACACCGCCCGGGGCCUAAUCAAACUUCAAACCGUGCGCGUGGUGCAAACGGUUGAUUCGCGAACUGUCCGAUGAAAGUGUUACGGACGGCCGGGUUGGCUGGUGCCAGCUCGGAAAUGGACGAAUGGGUUUCAUUAUUAUGUCUGCCUGUUUUUUUCCGGGGAGGGGGGGCCUUGUUUGCAAUCAUCGUUAAGAGUGCACCGUAAUCGAGCAACGGGCAAUUAAUCUCGCUCGCUCGAUCAUCUUAAUACCUUCUUCGACCACACAAUGGUGCUUUCUGGCGUCGCAGCGGAUCAACCAAGAUCGCUAUCGGGCUAUGGUAAGCCUUUCACCGCAGGAUUUAUUUGUGUGAAAACCGCAUUUUCGUGUCGAUGUGUAGCAGAGCAAUAUGUUUGGUAGCUGUUCACACUCACCCAGUCAUAAUUGGGCGAUAGGAAAGUAGAUGAAAACAUGCUUGUUUUUGAUACGUUUGUUGAUGAGAAAGAGCUUUUGCCAACAUUGUAUUAUUGUUUAAAAGAUUAUAGCUCAUCAGCAACCAGUUUUUGAGCAGCAACAGAGGCAAUAGCUGACUCCACCCGUCCAUUAAAUGCUGCUUUCAAUCAACCUGCACUGCACAACAAUCCAAUCUGUGAGCUUGUCUUCUCCCAGAAGAUUCACGAAGAAACACACGGAACAAGAAUUUGCAAAAACUUCCUGCCCGCAGGCAAUGUGCAAAUCCUCACCACACUUUAGCGCAUUCGCCAUCACCCCACGACCGUCCACCCUGGAUGACCUCAAAUGCAAAUGAUGGGAUGCGUUUUGUUUGUGUACCCUCGUACUCGCCAGUCCGGCAAAACCAGCCUCCUGAACCACCGCUACGUGCAAGAUGCACUGUUUUUAGUAAAAACAUACAAUCGUUCCAUAAACAUCCGUGCAUCCUUCUCUCGCCGUAGCAAAAUGGGGCAGUGGGCGGCAGUGAGGCUUUGCCGACUCAUGUGGGGCAGCAAUUGGCACGGGGAAAAACCUGCCCCAUGGUCGAGACACAACACCGAUGGAAAUCAAUCAGCCGGUCGUUCAUCGCUCUGGUGCGAUUUAGCAAUGGUGCGUCGACUCUUCGCCCGCUAAUUUGUCACGGUUUGACCGCAAUGUGGUAUUGAAAAACGGGUACGUUUGUCAAGGAGGGGACCGUUUCACCUGAUCAGCAGCCCGAUUUAUCGCACAUUACGAGAUUCCGUUCGGGUUCCGGGAUACAGAACCUAAAAUUAAAAGAUAAUCGGCAAAAGCUGCCCGUUGCGGGACACAACUGCAUGAGAUCAUACCGGAACAGUAAGCCGGCCCUGCUUCAUCCCCUCGUUCUUUUAAAAGACACACACACACACCGACAGGGGACUUUUGUAAAGAGUUGACCGACUCCCAGCCGCUAUUGGUGCCGUUUUCGUAGGUUGCAGCAAACGAGAGGGAUUGCGCAGAAAAGCUCCAAUACGCCGGCAAAGUGUGCUCCCACACACUUGCACAGCCCACGCCUCGGGCGGGGAGGGGGGACCAUCGAUCGGGGCAGGCGACCACACUCUUUCCCGAAGUGUCUCUCUUACUCUCCAAAGUGUGUGUGUGUAGAGAGUUAUUUCGCCCGAAAAGGUUUUCCUACCUAAUCCGGACCCCGCGGGCGCGCGCACACCGAUCGCUCACCGGAGAGCGUAGUGCGGGAGGGACACACACCACGCUCUAAAGCACUCGACGGGUGUAGAGCCACGCGUAGGCGCAUACCCCUCCCCCUACUCCGUGGGGUGUGUGUACCCCGGGGGAGCGCGGAAGGUCGCGCGUUCGAUCAGCGGCCGAGAUUUCGAAUCCCGCUUCGGCAGUCGCUAGUUUGCAUCUCGACCGGCGUGUGGUUCGCGUGUGUAAGUCGUCGCGCUGGCGUUUCGUUGUUUCGAACGUGUGAAAUCCGGCUCACUCACGGUAACGGCACACGUGAGCCGUAAUCCCUCCACCAUCGCCCAUCACCAUCACCGUCAUUUUCGUGGUGGCCGCAUUACCGGAAGUGGUGUGCGCCCAUCGGCACAUCGAUUCUGUUUUCACACCCUUCUCAGAGACAGUGAGAGAGAGAUCAGCGUCAGGCAUGUAAUGCAGGAGAAGCUUCGCGACCCAACGGCUGCAUCUGGCGAGUGUGUGAUAAAUCCCUAUUCCAGCGUGUGUGAUAAAUCAAUUUCCAAUCCAAGCCUCCCUGCACAGUGAUGUCCUUUCUGCGAUCGUUUCGUACGAAUUUGAUACUCAGUACUGCUCCACCGCCAGCCCCAGCAGCACCGAACGAUCGUGGCACAAUGCGCACCAGCGGUUCGUCCUCCUCGCGGGGCCCGACCGGGACCGGUGCUGGCCGUAAAAACUCGGCGACAACGAGCCGCACCAUCGCGGAAGAACCCGAACAGCGCCCGCACAAUGGUGGCCGGCGCAGCAGCAGCCACAGCGUGCAGAGCCGCAGCGGAACGACGACGAACCGCUCGUCGGACCGGUACGGGAAGGAAAAUCCGGCCCCGAUCGUUGUCUAUCUCGAGAAGCAGCCGGGCGGCGAUGGGAAGACCCGUCAGCCGGCCAGCAUCCUGCGCACGCACACGUUCACGCGCCAUGACGAGGAGGAGCCGGAGCGGGUGCGGCACGCGAUCACCCGCAGCGACACGUUCACGAUCAACGAAACGAACGACGAACCGAUCAAUACCGGCACGUACACCCGACCGGGUAAAACGGUCCCGCCACCACCCGCGACGGACGUGUUCGAGCCGCUGUACGCGAAAAACAUUUCCCUCAGCUCGCAGGAAAAACUCCCAACGGUGGUCGAUUCGCGCACCUAUCGGCGCAAAAAGUCGCUCAAAUCCUCCAAACCCGUCCAGAAGGUGGAAAGCUUCAUCAAGCGGUUCGAGCGGACGCUCUUCCACAAGAGCGGCGGCAACGCGGGCGACUCAAAGCGCCAAUCGCGCAAAGGGUCGACCGCGUCGGAGGCGUCGACCCUCGCCGGACCGCGCUUCCGCGACGUCGGCAUCAACUGCAAGCUGGACGAGGAGGAAAAGUUUCGGGCGAAGCUGGAGGCGAUCAAACAGUCAAGGCAAAGCUCGCGCGACUCGCUGGUCGGCCAGCGGGAGCGCAGCUUGUCGCCGAGCAAGACGCGAUACCCUGCUACCACUGGCGGCACAUACGAUCGUCGCUCUUCGCCGUCCCGGUCGGCAGGCGUGAUGGUGCAGCCGCUGAAGGAGGACGAGCACGGCUACGGCAGUGGCAGGGAUAGUGUGACGCCGCCGCUCGUUGGGGCGGGACUUCCGGGCAGCCGAUCGACCCUAUACCAUCGUCCGACGGAGAGUAGCAUCCUGAAGAGCAAGCAGAAGGAAAUAGAGAUGGGUUACAGUGUGGUGCACAAGCGGCAGACGACCGAGCUUUCCCUGCCCCCACCUACCGAGCAGCGGGGAGCGUCCGAUCGGGGUAGAGCACUGGCGGAAGGGUCGUGGCGAACGGGGCGUGAAUCGGUCGAGCAGCCCAGGGAGCGCCAUAACGCCCGCUACUCCACCUCCCGCCGCGACACGUACCAAACGCUCAAGGACGAGUACGAGGAGCGGCAGCUGCAGCAGGCCCAGUCUGUCACCAAACCGAUCGGCAUUGCUAGUCCACGGAUGAGCGCGGUGCGGCCAACUCACCCGUCCUCCUCCGACGGUGGUCCACCGUCGCCCCUGUUCGCCGUGCGCAGGAAGGAUUCACAGCCCGAGCUGCCGAAGUACACGUUCGGGGCGGAUCUGCAGCAGCGGCGAAGCCGCUUCCAGCAGUUUCAGAAAUCGUUCAAAAAGAUGGACGACAGCGCGUCGGAAGUUUCCGUCCAGCAGAGUUUCUUCGUGCCGAUUUAGAGGGAUUGGAUUGGUUGUGCUUUUACCACCUUCCCGGGGUUUCAUUCCAAUGCCUAAGCGCUUGUUUGCUUUUACUGUGUGUAUGUGUGUGUUUGACUGUGCAGUACAUAACAACUAGGACGACUUUAAGGCAGGGUGCAACCAAAAUGCACAAAAGCAUCAUUAUUCACAUGACAAUAAAUCGACAUUUUUCAAAGCAA